GGGCACAACCAGAGCUGCCCUCGGAGCCCGGCGUGGGCACAGCUGCAGUGCCCAGUACAGAGCCACCUCCUGCCACCAGCUCCUGUGGACACAGGGCUGGGCUGGCCAGGGCACCCCAGGCUGCUGCAGCAUGUGAGAGCCCGAGCCAGCACGCAGCGGGGCCGAGGGAGCAAAGGGAACCUAGCCAGAAGCUUCUCUAGAAGAAGAUGGAGAACCCGCUUCUUUUAUUCCCCCAGCUCAACAUUUCUGCUUCAAAGGAUAAACCCUAUUGCAAAGUCAUGAAACCAGCGAUAAAGGAAGAGCCAAACAAGGCAAGCAAGCCUGGAGCUAAGCAGAAGAGAAAUAGGCUGAGCCUGCUCCUGCAGAAACCUGAAUUCCAUGAAAGUGAUCACCUUGGCAAACCUGGAAACUUGACAAAAGCAGCAAGCAGUGUGUCUCCUGAAGAAGCAGUGAAAUGGGGAGAGUCUUUUGACAAACUACUUUCUGAGAAAGCUGGGCUGGAUGCCUUCACAAAGUUUCUGAAAACUGAGUUCAGUGAGGAGAACAUCGAAUUCUGGAUAGCCUGUGAGGAUUACAAGAAAAGCAAAAGCGCACAUGAUCUUCUGCCAAAAGCCAAGACCAUUUUUGAAACAUUCAUACAGAAAGAUGCUCCAAAAGAGGUGAAUCUGGACUUUCACACCAAGGAAGUCACAAGCCAGAGCAUUCGGCAACCCCUGCGCAGCACCUUCGACGCGGCGCAGAGCACGGUGUACCGGCUGAUGGAGCAGGACAGCUACCCGCGCUUCCUGCGCUCCGCCGCCUACCGGGGCCUGCUGCAGGGCCGGCCCGCGGCCCGCGCCCCGCUCCGCCGCCGCUCCCGCUCCUUCACCGUCAGCGACUUCCAGGGCGUGCGGCCGGACCUCACCGUGUGGUGACAGCCCAGCUCAGCCCUCCUCAGUCCCGUGUGGUGACAACCCAGCUCAGCCCUCCUCAUCCCCCGUGUCCCCAUGUGUCCCUGUCCCAGCUCGGCCCUCCUCACCCCCAGCUCCUGCAGCAACCCGGGUGUGUUUUAAACCCCAAACCCUCAGCGGGUGUAACUAAGUGGUGAAGCAAAAGAAAAUUCACUUAUAGCACAUCAGAGUUCUGGAGCAGAAUCUCACUUUCAUAGAAAAGUAGGUGAUGUAUUGGCAAGUCAUAAUAUGUGGAGUUUUCAUAUAGGAAUUUUUGUUUUAAACUCACAGCAAAGGCUGUGAUCAGAUUUGGGGGAAAAUUUUGAUUUUCCUGCUUAAAAAUUUCUCAUGUAGUCCCAUUUGAUAUUACCAAACACGUAUCCUGGACCUGUACCUUUAUGCCAGAGUUUCAUCACAGUUAGAAUAUCUGUAUCCAGUCUUUGCACACAUUUGUGUUUUUGCAAUAUUUCCUACACUAAGCACAGAGAAUUUGUGGUAUUUUCUGAUACUGUAAAACACACAGGAACAUUAUAAGGUAUAAUGCCAAUUUACAUUUAUUUUAACUAAAGACACUGCAUAAUUAAAUCUAUAAUUAAAAUGUGGCCAUUGCCUAUUUUAAGAGGAACGUAAAAAUACCUAUUUAAUUUUUUAGGUUACAUUUUUCUUAUUCCACAUGUCUGUUGUCUAUUUUUAAGUUAUGAUGUAUAUAUUAGCUUUGGCAUCAAAUGCAUGUAUUCUAAUUUUUUGCAACUAAAUGAGCAGCAGCAAGGGGACAAGAAUGCUAUUUUAACACAAUGUGUAUUCUUAAAUACCAGCUGAUGUCUAUGUAUAUAAAUACAAAAUAUUUCUACUUUUAUUUAUAAAUAGUCGUGGUAUACCAACUUUGUUACUACAGCUCUUGGACUCGGGCAGGGCAACUUUCAGUUCCAUUGGACAUUAAUAUCCUCUCUAUAGGUCAUAGAAGGGGAAGGAGAAAUCUUCUUUUUUAUUUCUUUACUAUCAAAGACAGACAUUUUUUUUUUUAUAGUCAGCGCACACAUUCAGUCUGUCCUUUACUUUCACAGUUGAUGCAGACAUACCUUGAAGCUUGGGGCAGUUCUUAAAAUCUUAAACAUUGGUUCAGUUUAGGAAGGGGCUGCAGGAUUUAUCUGUAACUAUGACUUGUAUAUUACCUUGUUUCUUGUGUAAUUUAAGCUUUCUCCCUUUCCCUCCCCUUUCUGUAAAUGGUGAAGGAGAAGAGAUGCAGUUCCUGAGGAUGGGACUUUGUGUUCAUUGUUAAUUUGGUGUGUAUAAGAGCUUCUGGAUCUGUAGGUUUCCCUGUCUGCUUUAUUAACUUCCAAUA